AUGUCUUAUCAAGAUGAAGUUCUUUUACAAAAUUCCACCAAUGAAGAAUCCCUAUCUACAUAUUUCAACAGUGAUCUUGCUACUACAAAGUUAGGACAUAAGUUAGUAUCCCAGCGCGGCAGUUCAACUUUAAACUUGAGCGAUGCAUUCAUAGGAGAUGAAGGAUGCAAAAUGCUUGCCCAAUAUUUAAAAGAAAACCCAAAUAUUCAAAUUCUAGACCUAAGAGGAAACAACAUAUCCCAAGAAGGCUUAAAAGAGAUACUUUAUGCAUUAAGAGCACCAAAUAAUAUUUCUCAAAUUUCUCUAGAAUGAAAUAAUAUUGGAAACGAUCUCAUGCUAUUAAGUGAAACGUUGAUGUACAAUAGUACUCUUAAAAGCUUGGAUUUGAGAAACAAUAGAAUUGGACCAGAAGGGACAGGAUUUUUAGCGAAAUUAAUAGAAAAUAAUAAAAGUCUAGUAAAAUUAGACUUAAGAUGAAAUGAGCUAAGUGCGACCGGAGGUAGGAUUUUAGCAGAAGCACUGAAAAAGCCGCAUACAAUAAGCACAGUUGAGAUCUCUGGCAAUAAAAUACCAGACGAGGUAUGCCAAGAAAUAGAGCAGUUUUUAAAAGGAAUUUUUUCAGAACCCCGAACGAGCUCUCCAGGCAAGCUUAAUAGAACAUUUAAAAGUGAAAUUGAUUAUGAUGAAGAAGCCAAAACUAGGAUAGAGAUUCAAGCAAUAUCUUCUGCCAGAACGGAAUCACGAAUUAAAGAGCUUGAAAUGCUUUUAGACCAAGAAAGCAGAAGAACGUAUGAAAUCCAAAGCGAAUUAAUGAAUGAGCUUGAACAAGAAAAACAAAAACGAAAUUAUGCAGAAGAAGAGUUUAUAAAUCACAAAGAAGAAUGCUUACAGAAAGAAAUGGAAACUAAUAAAACAAUUCAAGAAUUAGAAACCAAAAAUAAUGAAUUGAUGAAAGAAAAAAAAAGUUUGGAAAAUAAAUUAGAAUCCACACAGGAUCAGUAUCAGAAAUAUUUUACAAUUGCACAAGAAAAAAUACAAAACUUGGAUGCAAGGUUGAUUCAGCAACAGAAAUUGAAUAAACAGCUAGAAGAAAGUAGCAGAACUUCUCUUGAAAAAGCAAAACAGGAAUAUGAAGAAAUCAUUGAAGAAGUUAAGAAAGAAGCCCAAACAAAGAUUAAAGCAGCAGAUGACAGCCUGUCAUAUUUAAAAAAAGCUAAAGAAGAAAUGGAAUCGGAAACCAAAAGCUUAAGAACCCAAAUAUCGCACAUGAAAAUUUCUUACCAUGAUUCUAUGGUUAAGCUUGAAAAUAAAGUUAGGGACGAAGAAACAUCCAAAUUCAAUGCCACGCUUAAAGGGCUUGAAUCUAGGAUGAAAUCUCUAGAAGAGGCAAGAGAUGUAUUAACUGAAAAAAAUAAAGAUUUGCAAAGAGAAGUAGUAACUAAUGAGAAAAAAAGAUUGGAACAAAUUUUAUCAUUAGAAAAAGCAGUCAAUCAGCUUAGAGAAGAAAAAGGAGAAUUCCAAAGAGCAGCUCAAAAAUUGCAAAUGGCAAAUGAAAAUUUAAAGAAUGAGCUGAUAGAGAUCAAAGGCAGCAUAGAAAAAUUGUAUAAUGAGAAGGAUGAGCUUAUUAAAAGUCUUAAUGAAAGAAAAGAUGCACAUAUGAGGCAGAUUGAAAAAGUAUUGAAUAAAUAGAUAUGCAAAGAGCACGCUGAACAAUUGAAUAAUAUGGAAAAAUCGAAAGAAAUCGUUGAAGAAAAACUAGCUAAUUCUAUCAAGAAAUUUAAUAAUGUUUUAAAAGAUAGAGAAAAAGUAAUGAAAGAGCAUGUAAUUUAGAUGUAGGAACAUUUAUCAGAAAUUCUAAAGCAAAAAAGUCAGUCUAUUAUACAAGAAACUAUUCAAAGCCAUUUGAGAAGUUUAGAAUCAGAGUUUAAGCUCGAAAAUAUUUAA